UGGAGUCAACGAGCGCCUAUUUCAGAAGCGGCAAUAAUUGAAUAAUUUCGUCAGACUGUCGUCUCCUUUCCAGCCUAGAAUUAAGAUGUUAGUCGUGUUCGAAUUAGACUAUCUUUAAAUGAGGGAGAAGCGACUUUUAUUAUGUAAAUACAUCCGUACGUCAUUCAUGACGUGUGAUCAGCUGGUACUGUAAAGAAAAGCUUUGGCAAGUCAACUUAAAAAUGUUAUUAAAUGUGAGAGGUGCUGCGUGAUUUUUAUCAUGUAAAGAAACUGUAAUAUGACCAACGUGACUGUAACUCUCCGGAACUGACGCUCACCGUCAAUACCGAUAGUGCGAAAUCCAUUGACAGAUGAACACCCAUCCACAUGCAUAACAAUGGACUCUGAAAGAAAAGUGCAAACAGAGAGGAAGUCAUUUACACAGUGAAAUCAGAGCAGAGCCAGUAGAAUCGGAUAAAUGAACUCCAGUGAAGCGUCACUACAGCCAAAAGGACCUCAUGUCGUUUCUGGACUGCACCUGUAUCUCCACCCACUCACAAGUCCAGUCAAUCAGCAUAGAAGAGCAGUAUGAAGACAUCAGCCAACAGUUCUCGAGCAGUGAUGUCUCUCCGUGUUCUGUGUUGACGGAUGAAGAUGACAUCACAAAUCUCUCCACUGACCCCGCGCACUAUCAGCUGCUCUCACAACUGGGGCAGGGUUUCAAUAACCUCAGUCAAGUGAGCAUGGUGCGCCACACACCCUCUGGUCGUCUGGUAGCAGUGAAAAACACUAACCUGGACGAGUGUACAGAAGAUGAGCUGCUGCAGCUAAUGAAUGAGGUUUUGUUGUCCAGGCUGUUUCGUCACCCAAACCUGCUGACGUCCAGACUGGUGUUCAGUUCCUGCUGUCAGCUGUGGGUGCUCUCUCCUCUCAUGAGUUACGGUUCUGCAGACUCUCUUCUGAGGUUGUAUUUUCCUGAUGGCAUGAGUGAGUCUUUGAUCGCAUAUCUGUUGUAUGGAGUGCUGAGAGCCCUCGAGUACCUGCAUCACAUGGGUUAUGUGCACAGGGGUGUAAAGGCGAGUCAUGUGUUGUUGUCAGCAGAGGGUCGUGUGUGUUUGUCUGGUCUUCAGAGUGUGUAUAGUUUGAUGAAGGAUGGGAAGAGGAUGAGAGCUGUGUUUGACAUGCCUCAGCACAGUCCGUCACUGCUGCCAUGGCUGAGCCCUGAGCUACUGCGACAGGAUCUUCAUGGAUAUGGGGUGAAAUCAGACAUCUACAGUCUGGGAAUCGUGGCGUGUGAGCUGGUCAGUGGCAGAGUGCCUUUCCAGGACAUGCCACCUACCCUGAUGCUCCUUCAGAAGUUACGGGGAUCUCACUCUUGUCUCCUUGAUCUCUCUCCUUACCCGCUCGGUGACCUGGGGGCGCUGAAAGUGUCUCGCUCUGGCGUGGACUCUGGGAUCGGCGAGAGUGUGGCGACCGGAAGUCUGACUCGUACCGCUACCGCAGAGAGAUCCCAGAGCCCCGCCCCCAAAAACCACUCGGCUACACUGCACAACCUGGUCCAACUGUGCCUGCAGCAGGAGCCUGAGCGCAGGCCUUCUGCGACAGCUCUCCUCACCCACCCCUUCUUCAGACAGGUGAAAAAACAUACGAGAGAAUCAUUUCUUAAUUUAAUGUAUCCGGCCGUGCCAAUGUCCUGCCCUCCUGACACGCCUCCAUCCGAAACACCAACACAGACCUGUAACACCCCGUCUCCCACCCAUACUGAGCCAGAGGACGGGAUGUGGGACUUCUCUUAAACCCCAUUGUCUUUCUGUUUCUAUCCCUCAAUAUCAUAUUUUCAUUUUACUUGUGUCAUUCUCUUUACCCUCCUUUUUAAAAAAAAAAACCCAAAAAAACAAUUACCUCCAUAUCCUUCUACAUUUGGUUUUUAACUCUAUCUAAUACAAGACAAUCCAACAGUUAUCUCAAACCUAUUUACUGUGCUGUAUUUACUCUCUGUUUGCUGUAUGAGAUUCUACCAAUCGCUAAAAACGUUUUAAUUUGUUAUACUCUGGGAUUGCUUCUUCUUGUACUAAUGUAUUGUUGGAGAUCUUUCGAUCAUGGUGAAUAUGUCCAUGUUAUGAUCGGAACUUCCUCUUUAAUGUUCAACGGGUGCGUUCACAUCAUGUCGGAAUUACUGUAAUUACAACUUGGAAAUGCUACUAGCUGUUCACGUCCUUGUACUCGCAUAUGAUCAGUGCAAUGCAUCAAUGCAUAUGUUUCGAUGGCAACACUCCUAAUACCAAAAAAAAAAAAAAAAAAGGAAAUAUUUAAAAGAAUGUUUCAGGUUCAAUACAAGUUAAGCUUAAUCGACAGCAUUUGGGUCAUAACGUUGAUUUUCAAAAAAAAUAUUUUGGACUCGUGCCUCAUUUAUUUAGAUAAAAGCAACAAUCAUGGUUACUGUGAGGCACUUACAGUGGAAGUGAAUGGGGCCAGUGCAUAAAUGCUAAAAUAUACACGGUUUCAAAAGUAUAGCCACAAGACAUAAACAUUAUACAUUUUAACAUGAUUUUUGUGUGAUUAAAAUCUCUAUUCAACAUGUUUUUGUUGUGAUAAAACCAUCACGACAACAAAGUUGUAAUACUGGAUAUUGAACUUUACAAAUAUAUGGUUAGUAAGUAUUUUUAUAACGGUAAAAUCAUGGUAAAUCGUAUAAUGUUUAUGUCUUGUGGCUAUACUUUUGAAACAGUGUGUAUUUUAAUAUUGAUGGAUUGGUCACAUUUACUUCCAUUUUUAUUUUUUUUAUAUCCCCUUUUCUCCCAAUUUGGAAUGCCCAGUUCCCACUACUUAGUAGGUCCUCAUGGUGGCGCGGUUACUCACCUCAAUCCGGGUGGUGGAGGACAAUUCUCAGUUGCUUCCGCUUCUGAGAUAGUCCGCGCAUCUUAUCACGUGACUCGUUGUGCAUGACACAGUGGAGACUCACAGCAUGUGGAGGCUCAUGCUACUCUCCACAAUCCACGCACAAAUUACCAUGCGCCCUACUGAGAGCGAGAACCACUAAUCGUGACCACGAGGAGGUUACCCCAUGUGGCUCUACCCUUCCUAGCAACCGGGCCAAUUUGGUUGCUUAGGAGUCCUGGCUGGAGUCACUCAGCACACCCUGGAUUCGAACUUGAGACUCCAGGGGUGAUAGUCAGCAUCAGUACUUGCUGAGCUACCCAGGCCCCCAGUAAUUGUUACUUUUAUUUAAAUAAUCAUAUGAAUUAAAGUUGUUUUGUGGAAAUCAACAUUAUGCCACAUGCUGUCGUUUGAAAUUGCAUUGAACCCGGCCGCAUGCUCCUCACUGCAUUAUUUAUUUAAUUCAACUUUAUAUGCUCUUGCAAAAUGUUUAAGAACAAAGAUUGUGCACUGGCUGUAAAAAAAUGACAUAUCAAAUAUAAGUAAUUAUAAUUAAGUUUAACUGUUGAGGCCGCUGCUAUUUUUGGUUCUUUUUUUAACAACGUGUGUUUCCUGUUUUACGAGUUCCCAACUUGUAAUUAUAAGUUAGACAAAGGUGUGAAUGUUUUUUUUACAAGUCAGAAACUCCAGUAAUUCUGGCAUGAAAUGAAUGCACCAAACGUCCACAGCAGCCAAUCGCGUCAAAGAGAUAGCAGCAAAUCACUGGAUUUGAUCACGCCAAUGAGUGAGGUCAUCAAACUGAGCCGAGAAUGCCGGGGAUGUGGAGUUCACGUUUGAAUGUGUAUCAGCGAAGGUUAUUAAAUCAAUGUUUCUGGUUCAGUACAAGCUCUAUUGACCGCUCCUGUGACGCUGUUUAUUACCACAGAAAAUAAUUUUUAACUGUCCCUCGAUAUUAAAAAGCAAACAAAAAUUGUGUUUACUGUAAUGCACAAAAUUUGUACUGUUUUGAAAGUAUAGGCAUAAGACAUAUACAUACGUGUUUUUAUGAGACUAGUGUGAAAGUCACUCACUAAUCUCUCUGUGCAAAGUUAUGCAGCACUCAAAAAAAUUUACUUUCACUAUCAUCAGUUUUACUCAAUCCUCCCAUGUAAAUUAACUGAGCUGAUUCAACUGGUCUUGUCAUGAGUAUGUUUUCUUUGGUAAACUGAAACUGGGCAGAGGAUUUCUAGUUUGGCAUUAAAUUUUGUUGGGUUUACUUGAUUCAGUUAGGUUCCCUCUACUUGAAGUUUUUAAGUUGAAAUUGCAUGGUAAUAUUAAUUUAGGAAAACUCAUUUCAAAUAUGUGGAACCACUGUCUAUGAUUGAAUCAGCCAAAAAGUUUUUUUAAAUGGGUUUUUCAACUCACGUCAUGACUAUGUAAAGCCUGUAAAGUCUUUUACUUCCACACAAUAUGAUACCAGAAAGGGACUGUUUACAACAAGAAAAAUUGGUAACGCAUGACCAAAAGUUAAUCUGCUUAGAAAAGUAGUCCCAUCGCUUAAAGGACAAUUUAGACAUAAUAACCCUCAUUAUUUUAUGGAAGAAUGAAUAAAAGUGCUUUAACAAAAUUACAAGCUGCCCAUUUCAGCUCCUACACUUGCCUCAUUGACUUCCAUUGUAAGUGUGUGACUGACUGUACACAUGAUUUUCAUUUUUACAAGCUUAGGGACGAGUUGAAAUUAUUUUCUGUGGUAAUCAACAGUGUUUCCGAGAUGCUUUUGCAUUGAACAUGGAGCAUUUCUUUCAAUAUGCCACCCUUGCAAUCUGUGUGAAUUUAAAAAGGGUGUCUUUGUGUUUAUGUGAGUGUGUUUACUCUGUAUUCAGAUGGCAUUCUUAAAGUCCUCUUGCUCUCUUUUUAGAAACUGUACAUGUUUUAAUCCUGUGAAGAAAACCAUACCCUUCAACACUGCCUCAACGUAAUGGUCUGGGACGUGAUUUGAAUGAGUCCUGAUUAAACUGAAGGACUGAGCAGCUUUAACUGUGACCAAUAUUAUUAUUAAAAUACUGAUAGUCCUUUUACGUUUUAUAUGUUAGCUGUAUGAAACAUUUAGAUAUAUGAUAAAUAUAU